AUGUUCGGAUCCAUUACUAUGAACUACGAAGGGGAUCAGCUGGAUCUAUUCUUCUAUUGUCCGACAUCUAAGGAAGCGGCCGCGGAUCGAGAUAAGCUGAUGCGACUAGUGAUACCGGAGACGCUUCAGCAGGACAUUCUACACUAUCACACGGGUCUACAAGGCGGUCACCAAGGGGUUGGUCGCACCUAUGACCGGAUCCGCGAUCACUUCCACUGGAGGGGCCUGUACAAGAGUGUACAACGAUACGUGGGGGAAUGCGUCGACUGUGAGACAGGCAAAGGAAGACCUUGGAUCCAGGGCGAGUCGCCGGGUAACCUUCAGGCAACGAUUGCCAAAGCUAGUGCCUCCAGAUCUGCUCAAACGAUCGCCGAGACGUAUGAAGAAUGUGGCUUUCGGCGAUUUGGCGCGAGCGAGGUGAUCCGACAUGAUCGGGAGCCCGUUAUGUCUGAUUUCUUUAAGUCGUUCAACAGGAUCCUGGGACAACACAACUACCAGGGCUCUUAA